UUCUCAUUGACCAAUAGGCGGUUUUUGAAGAUCAUCACAUCACUACUUAUGACAAAACAUUCCACGUCAAUCGAGUUGGAGAAAAUUGACAUUUUGCCUCUAGAUUUUUGUAGCGUUGGGCCGUUUGUUCAACGAAAGUGAAUGGCUUGUAUUCCACUUUGAUAGUCACCUUCAUUUGUAAAGUAUUAAUAGUGGCAUUAAAUAUUAUUAUAAAAUGAAAUUGUUAUAUUUAACUUUACUAGUUCUGCCAGCGGUGUUACUCUGCUUCCAAAAUGCAAAUAAAAUAUUUGCUAGAGCAGAUGAAGAUGAGCUAGAUGAUGUUGUGGAUAUUGAAGGUGAAGACAAUCAAGUAGUUGGUGAAGAUGCAUUAGGUGAUGAUGAUGAUUUAGUUGUAAAGUCAUCACAGGAUGUUGAUACUACAAUCUUAUUUACAAAGCCUAUACCAAAUUAUGGAGAUGUUGCUUUUGACUUGCAAGCUGGAUAUCCAGUCGAGUUCUUAGUGGGUUUCAUCAACAAAGGUGCUGAGGAUUAUGUAGUAGAAUCUAUGGAAGCGUCCUUCAGAUAUCCCAUGGAUUACACAUAUUACAUCCAGAACUUUACCGCUCUGCCUUAUAACCGUGAAGUGAAACCUAAACAAGAGGCUACUUUUGCAUACUCUUUUAUCCCAAAUGAAGCAUUUGCUGGCCGACCAUUCGGCCUUAAUGUUCAGCUUAACUACAGAGAUGCUAGUGGCAAUUUCUACCAGGAAGCUGUUUACAAUCAGACAGUGAAUAUUGUUGAAGUGUCAGAAGGCUUAGAUGGUGAAACAUUCUUCUUGUACGUGUUUUUGGGAGCAGCAUGUGUUUUAGCGUUAGUGCUGGGUCAGCAAGCGUUGUCGUCGCUAGCUCGCCGUCGUUCGCCGCGCGCUGCACCUAAACCCCUAGAGACUGGCACUGCCAACAAUGUUGACUAUGACUGGCUACCGAAGGAGGUUGUCAAUCAGCUCAAAAAAUCUCCCAAAUCGCCUAAACAAUCACCACGCAUGAGGAAGGCAAAGAGGUCCGCGGGAGAUGAUUAAUCAAUGUCAAAGUGACAGCACAAGUCGGGUGCUAGGAGUUAGUGUGUUUGAGUUCCAACUGAAAUAAGAAUUGAUACUUAAUUGGUUUCUCUAUUGAUUAACAUUGUUUAUUUAAAAAGGUAUAAAGAUCUCAUUCUCAUUACUGGAUCUACAAAUAGAAAAGAAUGUUAUUUAAAUUCUGAUUGGAAAUAUUAGUUAGUGAUGGUGUUUCUGUCAAUUCUUAUUUCAGUUGCUGUGUGUAUAAACUGUGUGGUUCGUAUUUGCUAAGUGAGUAAUGAGAGUAUAAUUAUGGAACAAACAGUGUGCAGAGAUUUUUAACAACAUAGAAGAGGAGACAUUAU